AGUGGUCUCUUUCCCUCAUUCAAUGCUUCUUUCAAAAUCAACAUUCGAUUUUGUUGUAAUUUUUCUCUGUUGGAUUGGACUACUUUUACAAACAUUGAAUAUUUGCUGAAGCAUACUAUAAUUUUGAGUUUCCUGAAUGAUUUAAUGUGGUGUCAUCAUGGCUUACCAUUACGUAGUUACAGCACAGAAGCCAACAGCAGUUACAGCAUGUAUCACGGGCAACUUCACGUCCCCAACGGACCUGAACCUCCUGGUAGCGAAGGUGUCUCGCCUCGAGAUGUACCAGGUGACGCCAGAAGGCCUGAGGCCCAUGAAGGAAGUUGGGCUCUAUGGCAGAGUUGCCAAGAUGAAACUCUUUAGACCACCAAAUGAGAAUAAGGAUCUUGUUUUCAUCCUCACUUCCCGCUACAACGCUAUGAUAUUAGAAUGGAGGACGGGUGCCAAUGGAGAGCUAGAAGUAGUUACCAAGGCCCAUGGAAAUGUCUCCGACCGCAUUGGGAAGCCAUCAGAGAAUGGUAUCCUGGCUGUCAUAGAUCCACAAGCUAGAGUUAUAGGCUUAAGAUUGUAUGAUGGGCUAUUUAAAAUAAUUCCUCUGGAUAAGGAUUCUACAGAAUUAAAGGCAGUUAGCUUGAGGCUUGAAGAAUUAAAUGUAUAUGAUGUCGAAUUCCUGCAUGGAUGUGCCAACCCAACUUUAAUUUUAAUACACCAGGAUCUUAAUGGAAGACACAUUAAGACUCGGGAAAUAAGCUUACGAGAUAAAGAAUUCAUGAAGAUACCCUGGAAACAAGACAAUGUGGAAACUGAGGCUUCCAUACUGAUUCCUGUGCCGAGCCCACUUGGUGGAGCCAUUGUGAUAGGUCAAGAGUCAAUAGUGUACCACGACGGGCAGAGCUACGUAGCUGUGGCACCCCCUCAGAUCAAGUCGACACCCAUCAACUGCUACUGCCGCGUGGACACGGCGGGGCUGCGCUACCUGCUGGGCGACGUGGCGGGGCGGCUGUUCAUGCUGCUGCUGGCCACCGCGCCGCCGCACCAGCAGCCCCGGGUCAACGACCUCAAGGUGGAGCUGCUGGGCGAAGUGCCGAUACCCGAAUGCAUGACGUACCUCGACAACGGGGUCGUAUUCAUAGGCUCCCGUCUCGGCGACUCGGCUCUAGUCCGACUAACCACGUCCAGAGACGAGACGACUCAGUACGUGCAGCCCAUGGAGACCUUCACCAGUCUCGCGCCGAUUGUCGACAUGUGUGUCGUGGAUCUGGAGCGACAGGGACAGAAUCAGCUGAUUACUUGCUCUGGAGCGUUCAAAAUGGGCUCCCUGCGCAUCAUCCGCAACGGCAUCGGCAUCGGCGAGCAGGCGUCCAUCGACCUGCCCGGCAUCAAGGGCAUGUGGCCGCUCACGCUGCGCGGGGACUCGCACCACGACACGCUGCUGCUCGCCUUCGUGCAGCAGACCAGAGUGCUGGCGCUCAACGGUGAAGAGGUGGAGGAGACAGAGAUCAAGGGGUUCGUGUCGGACCGACAGACCUUCUACACGGGCAACGUGGCGCACGGACAACUCAUCCAGGUGACAGACGAGGGCGUCCGCCUGAUAGGGCGCGACGCGACGGGCGAGUGGGCGCUGGUGGCUCAGUGGGCGCCGGAGGGCGCGCGCGGCAUCUCCGUGGUGAGCUGCAACGAGAGCCGCUGCGUGGUCGCCGCCGGGCCGCGGGUCCACCUGCUGGCCGUGCAUCCCGGGAGGCUGGAGCUCAUCGCCGAGAAGUGCAUGGACGAGGAGGUGGCGUGCCUGGACCUGGGCGCGGGCGGCGCGGGCGCGCUGCUGGGCGUGGGGCUGUGGACCGACAUCUCCGUGCGCGUGCUGCGCCUGCCCGCGCUGCAGCCGCUGCACACGGAGCAGCUGGGCGGAGAAAUAAUCCCGCGGUCGCUUCUAAUCUGCGUGUUAGAAGGCAUCUGCUACCUGCUCUGUGCUCUCGGGGACGGCUCCAUGUUCUACUUCACUCUGGAUCAAGAGACCGGCGCUUUGAGGAAUAAGAAGCGAGUGACGUUAGGCACUCAGCCCACUAUGUUGCGGAGCUUUAGGUCGCUAUCCACCACGAACAUAUUCGCGUGCUCGGACCGGCCGACCGUGAUCUUCUCGUCCAACCACAAGCUCGUGUUCUCCAACGUGAACCUCAAGGAGGUGUCGCACAUGUGCAGUCUGAACGCGCAGGCCUAUCCCGACAGUCUAGCGCUAGCGACAGACAGCACGGUGACUAUCGGCACCAUAGACGAGAUCCAGAAGCUGCACAUCCGGACGGUGCCUCUCGGGGAGACGCCCCGGAGAAUAGCAUACCAGGAGAGCUCACAGUCGUUCGGCGUAAUAACCAUGCGAGUGGACAAACUGGAGGCUUGCGGCGAGGGCGGCGGCAUGGCGCUGGUGGCGGCGCGGCCGUCCGCCUCCACCGUGUGCGGCGCCACCAGCGGGGCCGCGCCCGGGCCCAAGCCCGCGCCCGCCGCGCCCGAGACCGAGGUGCACAACCUGCUGCUGCUCGACCAUCACACCUUUGAAGUGAUGCACGCGCACCAGCUGCAGACGAGCGAGUUCGCGAUGUCGCUGAUCUCGUGCCGGCUGGGCGACGACCCGCGCCACUACUACGCGGUCGGCACCGCCAUACUCAACCCGGAGGAGGCCGAGCCCAAGCAGGGCCGGAUCCUGCUGUUCCACUGGACGGAGGGACGACUGAUACAAGUGGCCGAGAAGGAAAUUAAAGGCGCUUGCUACACGCUAGUAGAGUUUAAUGGGAAACUGCUCGCCUCUAUUAAUAGUACGGUGCGUCUAUUCGAGUGGACCUCAGAAAAAGAGCUCCGACUCGAGUGCAGUCACUUCAACAACAUCGUGGCGCUGUACCUGAAGGUGAAGGGCGACUUCGUGCUGGUGGGCGACAUCAUGCGCUCCAUGUCGCUGCUGCAGUACAAGCAGAUGGAGGGCAGCUUCGAGGAGAUAGCGCGCGACUACAUCCCGAACUGGACCAUGUCCGUGGAGAUCCUCGACGACGACACCUUCCUGGGAGCUGAGAACAGCUUCAACCUCUUCGUGUGUCAGAAGGACAGCGCGGCUACAACCGACGAGGAGCGCCAGCAGAUGGGCUACGUCGGACAGAUGCACCUCGGCGACAUGGUGAACGUGAUGCGGCGCGGCUCGCUGGUGGGCUCGCACGCGCCCACCGACUCGCACGCGCCCACCGCCAACCCCGUGCUCAUGGCCACCGUCGCCGGCGCCAUCUGUCUAGUAGUCCAAAUAUCGCAAGAGCUGUUCGAGUUCCUGCACCAGCUAGAAGAGAAGCUGACCCACACGAUCAAGUCGGUCGGCAAGAUACCUCACGCGUUCUGGCGUUCCUUCCACACGGAGCUGAAGACAGAGCCGGCCGAGGGGUUCAUUGAUGGAGACCUUAUCGAGAGCUUCCUCGAUUUGAACAGGGAGAUGCAGCAAGAGACCGUUGUGGGUUUGCAGAUCGACGACGGCAGUGGCAUGAUGCGGGAGGCGACCGUAGACGAUAUAAUCAAAAUAGUGGAAGAUCUCACGAGAAUACACUAGGGACCGACCCCUAGCUACGAGGUUAAGUGAUAUGUGUGCGACACGAAUGAAAAUGUUAUAUUAUGUUUGCGAUAAUUUAGUAAAUACUUACUGUACUAA